AUGCCUUUCAUUGCAAAAGCAACGAGCCACAAAGCUCAGGCCACCUUACUUGCAGCACCAGUCGGCUGCAAGCUUAGUUCUUUUUCCCGGGGCAAUGAAAUUAAUGGACCUAAGGCUUCAAGGUGCCUGGCCUCUGCUGGAGAUCAUGCAGUUCCGGAGCAACUUCUGCAGUCACCAGCAGCUGUCGUUGGGUAUGUUUCGAAGCAACCUCUGCUCAAACGUUAUCUUGGAAUAACAGCUGAGAAUGAUGAAAUCAAUGGAGGCAGCGCAGAGUCAGGGAGCGAAAGGAAGGGCGAAGUCAACGUUCAGGAGCUCUCAGGAGGAAGGAUCAACUUCGUAUGGGGUGUCAGCGGGCCUCAGGGAGGGUUUGUGCUCAAGUAUGCGGCGCCCUUCGUGCGGUCUAUCGGGCCGGAGUUCAAGUUGUCGCAGACUCGGCUAGGGGUAGAGGCCGAGGCCAUGGCUGCUGCACACACCGCCUGCCCUCAGCAUGUGCCCAAGCUGCUGCUGUACGACGCCACCGCCAACGUGCUCGUCCAGGAGCUGGUUUCGGGGCCAGGGGGCAGUCGCCGGGUGAAACUGGUAGAUGCGUUGACGCCAUGUAGAUCAGCUGGUGCUGGACGCGGCAGCCGCGGUGGCGCUGAUGGUUGCCAUGGAGCUGCCACAACGGCUGCUUCCCUGCCACCGCUGCCGCCGAGCCUGGCCGCUGAUCUCGCGUCGCUAUUGUCGGCCUACAUGCUCCGGAACUCCAUGUAUGGACUGCCGUACGAGCAGCAUGCCAUCAUGUCGGAACGGUUGCGCAACGGCGAGGUGGUUGCUGCCAACGCAGCGGUGGUGUUCACGGACCCAUGGGAUGCAACGUGUGACCGCAACCGAGUGCCGCCAGCCCUCACGGAUGAGGUGGCGCAGCUGCGGUAA